AGCCCAAUCCAUUCGCUAAAACCCUUGGGGCAGUUUUUCUCUCCGAGCUUAAACCUAAAACCGUAAAACGCCUCCGUCGUCACUUAGCCACCACCGUCUCGUUCAAUUCCGAUUUGGUCAUUAACAAAGGUUUGAUUGUGAAAGAUGAGUUUGAUAUCCCAAAACGCUCGGUCUAAAAAUGAGGUCAAUAAGAACAAGAGGGAGGUUGAAGAUGAUGUCGAGAAUAAUGAUACUCUGGAAGUGAAGAAGAGGAAGAAAGAUCACGAGAGGGAACAGUCGGCAGUGGAACAAGUGAAAGAGAUGAAGAAGCUUGAGAACUUUUUGUUUGGUUCUCUAUAUUCCCCCCUUGUGUUUGGAAAGGAUGAUGAUGAAGUGGAACCUCGGAAGGCUGCCGAAAAAGUUUCUGAUUUGUUCUUCACUGACCGCUCUGCGGAUAGUGUUCUCACGGUUUACCAGGAAGAAGAUGCUGACUUGUCUGAGGGAAGUCAUGAUGAUGAUGACCACCCCUUGCAGAGGAAACCUGUGUGGGUGGAUGAUGAAGAAGAAAAUGCCACUGUGAACAUAGCCAAGGUUAACAGAUUAAGGAAGUUGAGGAAGGUUGAGGAUGAGGAUUUGAUCUCGGGUUUGGAGUAUGUGUCGAGAUUGCGGGCUCAGCAUGUUAAGCUUAACCCAGGUACUGAAUGGGCACGGGUUGAUUCUAGAAUAGAUAGAUCCUCUGAUGAUGAGUCGACGGAUGAUGAAAAUGAAGCUGUUGUGAGCCAAGGUUACGGGGAUAUGGAUGUGGAUGAUGUUCUCAGGACAAAUGAAGACCUGGUUGUGAAGAGUGGCUCAAAAUUGUUGCCAGGACAUCUUGAAUACUCGAGACUUGUGGAUGCAAAUAUUCAGGACCCUGCUAAUGGUCCCAUAAAUUCAGUCCAGUUCCAUCCGAAUGCGCAGUUGUUUCUUGCAGCUGGAUUGGACCGGAAGCUUAGAUUUUUUCAAAUUGAUGGCAAGCGGAACACCACAAUUCAGAGCGUCUUCCUUGAAGAUUGCCCCAUUCGAAAAGCCUCUUUUUUGCCAGAUGGAUCUCAGGUUAUAGUAUCGGGAAGAAGAAAGUUCUUUUAUAGUUUUGAUUUAGUUAAGGCUAGAGUUGAUAAAAUAGGUCCUCUGGUUGGUAGGGAAGAGAAGAGUUUGGAGGUUUUUGAGGUGUCUCCUGAUUCUCAAAUGAUAGCAUUUACGGGUAAUGAAGGAUAUAUUUUAUUGGUAUCAACAAAAACAAAGCAAUUGGUCGGUACUCUAAAGAUGAAUGGAACAAUCCGUUCCUUAGCUUAUACUGAGAAUGGACAAAAGUUAUUGAGUAGUGGUGGCGAUGGUCAGGUUUACCACUGGGAUCUGAGAACAAUGACUUGUCUGCAUAAAGGUGUAGAUGAAGGUUGCAUCAAUGGCACAACUCUUUGUACUUCACCAAGUGGGACUUAUUUUGCAGCUGGUUCAGACAGUGGAAUUGUGAAUAUUUACAAUAGAGAGGAAUUUCUUGGGGGCAAGAGAAAGCCUAUCAGGACCAUCGAGAAUUUGACUACAAAAGUGGUUUUCAUGAGAUUUAAUCAUGACUCUCAAAUAUUAGCAAUCUGUUCAGGCAUGAAGAAAAGCAGCUUAAAAUUAAUACAUAUCCCAUCGUAUUCUGUGUUCUCCAACUGGCCACCGUCAAACACGAGCUUGCAUUACCCGCGGUGUAUUGAUUUUAGUCCAGGUGGUGGAUUCAUGGCUGUGGGAAAUGCUUCAGGCAAAGUGUUAUUGUAUAAGUUGCACCAUUACCAGCAUGCCUAAGGUCAAUUUAAAUUCCUGGCAGGUUUUGAGAAUUUUGUUUGUAUUUUUUUGUUGGAAGUUGAGAUUAGAUUUGUAUUUUAUCAUUAUUAAUUAAUGAAGCUUCAGCGUUUCUUCUUUGAAGUUAGAAGUAACCAAGCUUCAUGUAUUUUAUCAUCAGUUUUAUUGCGAUUUAACUAUCUUUUUCUGA